AUGGGCUCCAAAUUCGUCUCGGCCGGCGAGGCCAACGUCGAGCAGGUCGAGAAUCAGGCCAAGGGCGGUGCCCCUAUCCUCGAUGCCUCACUCAACCCAUCAGAAACCGUCUCGUACGGAAAGCAGGGAAUCAGGGGCCUGAUCAGCUCCCCCUACAUCUUUGGAGCAGCACUGCUUGCAUCGAUGGGAGGUUUCUCAUUCGGCUACGACCAGGGUGUCAUUUCCAUCAUCAACGUGAUGCCGCAGUUUCACGCCGUGUACCCCCGAGCUGAAACUGCAUUUGGCAAAGGCCUCAUGACCGGUAUGCUCGAGUUUGGUGCCUUCAUCGGAUGCUUCUUCAUGCCUGCGCUCGCGGACAGGAUAUCGCGGAAACGUGCCAUCGCCUUCGUCGUCAUCAUCUUCAACAUCGGUGCCAUCAUGCAGACAGCCUCCCGGAGCUACGCCGUUCUGGUAGCCGGACGAACAAUUGGCGGUAUAGGAGUCGGCACGCUGGCUAUGGGAGCGCCCAUCUACAUCUCUGAAAUCUCACCGCCCAACCUCAGAGGCACGCUCCUGGUGCUCGAGUCCAUCUCGAUCGUGGGCGGCGUCGUCAUCUCCUUCUGGAUCACCUACGGGACCCGCCACAUCGACGGCGAGGCCUCGUUCCGCGUCCCCUUCGGCCUGCAGAUGGUGUCCUCGACCCUGCUCGGGCUCGGCAUCCUCGCCUUCCCCUACUCGCCCCGCUGGCUCGCCCUGGUCGACCGCCCCGACGAGGCGCUCUCGAGCCUGUCGCGCCUGCGCAGGCUGCCGGCGUCGGACUCGCGCGUGCAGGCGGAGCACCGCGGGAUCCUGACCGAGGUGGCGAUCCAGAAGAAGAUCCAGCACAAGAAGCACCCGGGCCUGGGGGGGAUCAGGCUCGAGGUCGUCGAGUGGCUCGACGUCCUCAGGCUGUGGCGCCGCACCGUCGUCGGCGUGGGCGUCGCCUUCUUCCAGCAGUUCUCGGGAAUCAACGCCUUCAUCUACUACGCGCCGACGCUGUUCGAGUCCCUGGGCCAGGACCCGGAGAUGGCCCUCAUCAUGUCGGGCAUCUUCAACAUCCUGCAGUGGGUCGCCGUCGGCAUGUGCUUCCUCGUCAUCGACAAGGUCGGCCGCAAGCCCCUCGCCAUCUUCGGCGGCUUCAGCUCGGGAAUCACCUGGAUGAUCAUGGCCGCCCUCGUCGGCGUCUUCUCCAAGGACUGGUCCGCCAACCCCGCGGCCGGCUGGGCCGCCGUGGCCAUGGCCUUCCUGUUCAUCCUCUGCUACGGGGGCACCUUCUCCUGCCUGGGUUGGUGCCUCCCCGCCGAGGUCUUCACCAACGCCACGCGUGCCAAGGGUGUUGCCCUGUCUACAGCCACAGUGUGGCUCUGCAACUUUAUCGUGGGAGUGGCCACUCCGCCCAUGCUUGAGCAGAUCGGCUUCGGGACCUAUAUUUUCUUCGGCUCCUUCUGUAUCAUUUCCGGCUUCUGGGCCAUCUUCUUGGUCCCCGAGACAAAAGGCAAGACGUUGGAGCAGAUGGAUGAGCUGUUCAAGGACACGGCAGCACAGGAAGAGAAGGAAAUCAUCAGGGCUGAGAUCAUGGCUGAUGCAGCCUUGCACGAGGGCCAAAAGUACGACUCGGCUUAA